AUGAAUGCACAAGGCUUCUUUGCAGAUGGUAUUUCCUACAAUUGUCUGCCCCAAACCACGCUAGCUGGCAAAGUCUUGAAGCACUGUCAGAACUGUGUUGAGAAGCUUCGGAUGGCUACUGGUGGAGAAUCGUUAGCGAUCUUCAAGAUUGGAAUAACCCAUGAUUGCGGUGCUCGUUAUGAACUUUACCAACGCAAUGGCUACACGAAGAUGCUUGUUUGCCACACAAGCAACGAGCUUGCCACGGUCGAAAUGCUGGAAAGUGCUUUGAUCGCCAUCUACCAGCACAAACGUCAGUGUCGCAAUAUCCAACUUGGUGGUGAAGGAAUGUGA